AUGGAACUCACUGAUGAGCAGCGAGAAUUCCUUAUGGAUCCAAAUGAUUACCAGGAAAUCAGGGAAUUACCAUCCAGCGGAUUCUCUCGCGUAGUUCUAAUGGAAGAAAAAACGACGAAACACCAAGUUGUCUUUAAAUAUGCAAAAUUGAUGAUUGAGUCUGCAUCUGAGGACGAUCCAGUAACCAGAAAGAUGUUUUAUAACAAAGUUUAUCAAUCUAUCAAGCAAAUGCAUCCAUGUAUCAAUCCAACUGAAGGAUUUUGUCCACCAACGAAAGAAGGCAUACCAAUUAUUGUUUCAACAUAUGCAUCCAACGGAUUUUUGGAUGAUAGAAACAUUGUUAACGCUAAUCCUACAAAGAAAUUACUAAUUACAAUCGGUCUUGCAGCAGCUCUCAAAUUUUUACACAAUCAAAGAAUAUUCGAUCUUAAUAUCAAACCAUCAAACAUUCUCAUCGAUAAAAAUUACUAUCCAAUGAUCACAGAUUACAAUUACACAAGAUUUAAUAAUAAUCCACACAAUCCAUGCAUGAAUGUAGGUACAGUCCUAUACCUUUCGCCAGAGCACAUCACACAGGAGUAUGUCGUCUCUCCAAAAUCCGAUAUUUUCUCGUUUGCCUGGAUUAUUUAUCGUUUAUUCUGUCAUAGAGAUCCUUUCCAGAUGUUUAAUGAUCCAUUGGAGUGUGUCAUGAAGUUUUCUCAAGGUUGGCGUCCCGAAAUUCCCAAUACAACAGCUCCUGUCAUUCAAGAUAUUAUUCAACAGUGCUGGUCACAAAAUCCUGAUGCCAGACCAACUGCUUCAGCAUUAUUCGACAUGUUAUGCAUGAAUAUUUCGAAUAUCAUCAACGAUCUAAACGAACAAGCGAUUAUUUUAUACUUACGAGCCAUUUUAGACUACGACAAUGGCAUUGCUUGCCAAGCUCUCGGCGACGACCGCGGCAAGUUCGAAGUUGCUCGUAUUCUUUACUUAUCUCAUACAUCUCCUUACAUUCAGAACCUUUCCAUGACCAGAAUCAAGUCUUACGCUGAAGCAGGAGACCGUGAUGCAAUUAACUUCUUGUCCCAAUUAACAGGUGAAGUGGUCAUCGACGCUUCCCCAGAGGAAGUUAAAAAAGUGACAGAAAAAGUGAAAACACAUUCACAUACAAAAACCGUUACAAGGCCAAAGACGAACAACGUUGCAAUUAUCGAAGCAGCAGCAAACGGGGAGCUUGAAAAGGUCAAAGGCUAUUUAGCAGACAAUGUUGAUGUAAAUACACAGGAUGAGAAUGGAGAUACAGCUCUUCAAGUUGCAGCAAGAAAAGGUGAUUUGGAACUUGUCAAAUAUUUGAUCAAAGUUAACGGAAUUAAUUUGAAUACGACAAACCAAAAAGGAUAUUCACCUUUACACGAAGCAGUUAGAUUUUCAAAGACAGAAGUUGUUUACACGUUAGUUAAAGCUCCUGGAAUAGAAAUGUCCAUCAAAGAUAAGAUGGGAUAUGGACCAUUGGAUUGGGCAACAAAUGAUGACAUGAAGAAUUAUUUGAUUAAACAUGGCGCUAAAAGUCGAAAGAUCCCUGGGGCUGAUGGAACUGCUGCUCAGCCAACUACUACUUCUUCAUCCAAACAUAAAUCAAAGAAGAAGAAAUCAGGUUCUUAA